AUGGAUCUUCAGGGAACGAAAGAGGCACGGACGCAGGAGGAGGGUGCGGACGGUCCUUUGGAUGCCUACGGGGCUGGUAGUGGGCGUUCCAAAGAGUAUCACAAGAGCGAGGGGCGCGAUUCUCACCACGAAAGUCCCGCUAAUGUCCACCCGCUUCGUCGUCGCCAGCCUCCUUUUGCUUAUCCACCUGGCGCUCGUUCAUCUGCACCCGCUGUCAACUCAUCGAGACCUCGCGAUCCUUCACCUUCACCCGAGGCCAUCAGCAUUCCACAGACCCUGGGACUCAGCUCUCGUGAUCAACGCCUACUAUGUAAGGCCCGCCGACAUCCGCCCGUUACAAAGAAGACGCUCAGUGAGCUCGAUCUGCCUUGUAUAAUGAGCAACAUCAACCUUCGCAUGGACGCCAACUUUGACCGCGAUUUGCAUUUCAAGCCCGACCUCGACGGUGAGAAGGGAAGACGCAAACGGAAGGAUUCCGCCGACUACUGGGAUUCGAUGGCAUCGGAGAUCAUGAUAUAUAACUUCCAGGCUGCGCAGCCCGAAUCUACCGAGGCUGGCGACUCCUCCAAUAGCUCUAGGGAAAGUGGGAAGCGCACGUUCGAGCCUCGCCUCCCUGCCAUGUUCGAGACCUUGCAGGAAGUCAUCAAGACCCUUGUCCCGGAGCGGGAUCACCCAAGCGUUAUGCAAAAUCUAGAGGUAUCCCUGCUUAUGCAGCAGGUGCGCAAAGGCGUUCUCGAUAUGGUUGCGCUAGCGGGGUGGCUGGCGGCUCUUUUGAAAACACACUGCGCUCCGAUGCGAGAUGAGUGGGCGGAUCGAAUGGUCGAGCAGAUAACCGAUGGCUCACAGUCACAAGACCCGAAAGAAAUCGUCAACGGCUUACAAACACUGUUCUCUAUUCUGGAGGCAAUGAAGCUGGAUGUGGCCAACCACCAAAUACGAACUUUCCGCGUCCUUUUGAUCGAAGAUACUGUACCAUUCUUGACCGAGUAUUUUGAAGGAAAGAUCAGCCAGGGAGGCAUUCGGAUCGAAUCCGCCCGACAAUGGUACCUCUCAGCCCGGGAUCGUGCCUUACAAGAAGACGAGCAGAAAAGCCCAACAUCCUCGCAACCCGACGACAUGAAGCCACUCGAUGCCCUCUUCCGUGGAAUAUCCGACCAACUCCUCCAGUUCACUCCUCCAGCCGACUUCCCCGAGACAUUCCUCUUCGACUCGGACCGACUCUGGCAGCUACGCAGCACCAUUCAGAACCUCAUCAACCUUGAGAUCGCCUGGUAUAUCUUCGAGUCCUAUGUUCAUACCCAAAAGCGCUAUCUCUCCGCUCGUGAUGAGACAUAUACAACAUUCCGCACUCGCAUUUGGUCCCUAAUGGAAGAUCGGAUGGAUUUAAGCAGCCGCGCCGGCAGCAGCAGCGCAGCAGAUGACGAUGACCCAGAUCUCCGAGGCGGCGCCCGCUGGCUCCAUAAUAUGCGCAGCAUCGCGCUGGAAAUCGCCCGCUUUGCUUGUGCCGCGUGCUGUCUGGAUAAUGUUGUCGCUGACGAAGUCAUCACACCCAUCGAGUCCGCCCUCGAAUGGCACUUGUCCAACGAGUCUGAUCUCUUCCGCUAUUUUCAAAACACCAUGCGCGAGAAGAUCUUGACUGCUACUCUUACUUCGGCACGCAAAUACCUUCCUCUUUCCCCACUGGCUAUCUGCGAAUCCCAGCGCACAGGAUCACAGCCUCCCUCAACGGGUCCAGCGGUGCCUGCGCCUACUGCCUCUGCCUCCACGGCCACUACCCCGGCCUCCUCAACCCAGUCUCUCACACCCCAGCAAUAUGACAUUGAUCGUAUUGGCAUGCGCCUUGCUCAUAUGGGAGUCCUACAUUGGCGCGUAUGGGCUCCCAUCCUAUACCUCAAGGAUGAGAUUGCGGACCUCGACCCACCGGCCUUUAUCUAA